CCUGCACCUUCGCGUUAAGCGCGUGCUCGUCAGCCUCUACCUCCGCGGCCGCAGCUCGGCUCCCCUUGCGCUGUCGGUCACGCGCCGCACUCGUGCACGUACGCGUGUUCGUAAAUGAGCAUCACGGGAGGCGGCGGCGGCAGCGGCAGCGGGAAAAGAAAAAAAAGAAGAGAAACCCGGUCCGGACGGGGAGGGCGACGGGCUUUGACUUCGGAUGCUUAGUCACGUUUUCGCCGUGACCGGAGAGGCGAAGGAUGGCGCGUGCAGAGGAGCAACGCUGAGCGGGUCGGCGGGAGAAGAUACGGGAAGGAAGCAGGGGGGGGGGCGUGGGGUGGUGACGUUAAAUCUGGAUUAGACGAUGCUCAUUUGCUGCAGGCCCCGCCAUCGCGAAACUGGAUCCCGAUUUGCAGCGGAUGGGGUGACCGAGCUCGCUGCUCCGCCGCGGAGGUCCCUGCCUUCGGACGCUACCGGGGUGGGAGCCGCCUGUGCCCGCUUCUGAGGAAGGGAAGGAGCGGCAAGAGGGGGAAAAUGCAGACGGAGGAGGAGACUGCCACCGCAGAAGAGCCCAUUUUGGAGGACGGGUCAGGACGAGAGCAGCAACGGCCGGUCCAGCAGUCUCUGGCCUCCUCCCUGUGUCGGGAGUCCCAUUGGAAGUGCCUCCUCCUGACCCUCCUCAUGUACGGCUGCUUCGCCACGCUCGCCUGGUGCGCCCUGUGUCGCGUACCCGUCCUCGGCUCCUCCUCCUCCGUGCCUCUCGGCGCCGCCGACGACGCCACCUCGGCGGCCUACUACAACGACAUCCUGCACCUGGAGAGCCCGUGCUCCAGCGGCUACGUCUACAUCCCCCUGGCCUUCCUGGCGAUGCUGUACGUGGUGUACCUGGUGGAGUGCUGGCACUGCUUCUCCAAAACGGCAAUGUUGGCACAUGCUGAAUUCCAGGAAGUGUACGAGCGUGUGCAGAGACUUCAGCAGGCCACGCCCUGCAUCUGGUGGAAGGCCAUCAGCUAUCACUACGUGAGGAGGACCAGACAGGUGACCAGAUACCGCAACGGAGACGCAUACACGACCACACAGGUCUACCACGAGCGGGUGAACACCCACGCCUCCAGUUCGGAGUUUGACUACGGUCGCUAUGGCGUCAAAGACGUAUCCAAGGAGCUGCUGGACCUGAAGCGGCACCCUGCUGUUCGCCUCCGUUUCACCAAGUGUUUCAGCUUCUCAAGUGCACGUGCAGAAGCUGCUUACCUUACCCAGCGAGCGCGCUUCUUCGGGGAGAACGAGGGACUUGACGACUACAUGGAGGCCAGGGAGGGAAUGCACCUGAAGAACGUGGACUUCCGUGAACACAUCCUGGCGUUCCCGGACCCCGCUCACCAGCCCUGGUUCUCUCGCCACAGGGUGUUCUGGCUGGCUUCUGUCUUCCUCCUGUCGUGGCCGCUGCGGGUCGUCUCGGAACAUCGCACGGCCUACGUGCACUACCAUGUGGAGAAGCUGUUCGGGGAGGACGAGGACGGCGGCGGCGGAGGAGGCGGCGGUGGAGGAGGAGGGCCAGGCGGCGGGGUCAGGGGGGAAGGGGUUGAAAGAGGGGCUGAGAAUGGAAUCCACCCGGGACUUGGCCUGAGCGGGACAAGUUACAGAGCCAUCUCCCGGGUCAACACGGUGGACAUGACAGAGCUGGAGUGGCACAUUCGCUGUAACCAGCAGAUGGUGCCGAGCUACUCCGAAGCCCUCCUCAUGGACUUGGACAUGAGUGGGGUCACGAACCCUACCGCCUCCACACCCAUCUCCGGGCCGACGAGCUCCACGACCCCCAGCCAGGGGAACAACCCGCCUCCUCUCGCUCUGCCCGUCGUGUUCAACUCUGGGUACCUCCUCCAGAGCUGCCCCCGAUGCCGGAGGACCACGUCGAGUUCCAGCCUUCCCUCCAGGCUACGGGCCCCCAUGGGAACCACGGCCCUCCUGAACGCUACCGUGGCAGGAAUCAGGGCAGCGGGACAGGGAGGGGGGGCUAUCGGGGGACGGCUGGUGCUCAGUCGGAGCGGGUUCUCUCUUGGGAGACUUGGAGGAGGGCGCCAGAACAGCCUGUUUCAUUCAAGAAGCAUGGGAGGGGGGCUGGGAGGGAGCAGGGAAGAUGGAGGGGGAAGUGGAGGGGGGGGAGGUGCGGGGGGAGGGGGAGGAUUUCUCGGUUUGGGCUCGAGACAGGACAACGAGGAGACGAGGGGAGUGCUCGAGGGAGAAGGUGACGACGAGGAGGAGGCAGAGGAGCAGCAGCAGCAGCAGGAGGAGGAGGAGAGGAGACGGGAGCAGGGAAGAGGGGGCCGAGAGAGGGAUGAAGAAGCAGAGCAAGACAGCGGAGGGGGCGGCGAGGUGAGGGAGGCUGACGGGGCAGGGAGGGAGCGUCCUCCAUCCUACCAAGACGCCUUCUUCUUCCCUGUCCUCAUCAUACACGGAGAGGAGAGCUGCCACGCCGGAGACGACAUGUGACGGCCGGUAAAAGAUCAGAGGAGGAGUGGACGAGAGAAGAUGACAUCGGGAGGGAACGGGAGAGUAAAUGAGAUUAGAGGAGAAAUCCGGUUGAAAAGAAAGUUGCUCGACGGCCUGCCAGCCACAGGAAGAAGAAAAGACAGGCAUAAGAUGAGCUGUGUGAGGACGGGAGUGAAUACUGUCAAAAACCCCAAUGAUUCAGAUCAGCGAGAUCCCAGAACAGAAAAUCUGAGUCCAUGAAAAUCUUUGAAACUGUAGACGUUGGUACACAGAGACGGUGAGAUGGACAGAGGGGACCGAUCGGAUGCUUAGGAGGAACGGAAAGACACAGGAAUGUCUAUUUCCAGAUUUAUCUAUGCAAGAGCAGGAGUGGGAGCAGUAACGGGUCUAAAGAUAGCAGAUUGGAGAGUCUCCAAACAAGCUGAGUGGUAGUGGGUAUUUUUCUAGAAAGAAACCGAGUUGGAAGCAGAGGAUACAACUGGUUUUAACUACUUGCAACUGGUUAACAACUGGUUAUGCUUUCAGCUCUGGUUUUGAUAAAAAUCAAAAUAAAUGGAGGACAAAAAAAUAUGACACGUUAAAAAGACAAAUGGGUUACAAAAUGUAGAAAGGUAGAGCAAUAUAGACAAAGACGUGCUUUUGGCAAGGUGAAUGUAAAAAAAAAAGUUUCCAAGAAUGUUGGAGCACAGAAACACAGAAGUAGAACACAAAACAGACCACGAAACAGUUAAUAAAAUGAUCAACUCAAGAGUAGUAGACAACAAUACGACCUUGAAUCUAAUCAGGCAAUCCCCGGAAACAUUUCAAAUACUUUCCCAUAGGUUCCAAUGACGUGUUUCUCACGGCGUCAAAGAGCCCACUACAAAGCUUCCCGCCGUUUAACCAUCAACCGCCACGGUGGAACCAAAAAGGGUAUUCAUUGAUUUCCUUCCUCCCCUUCAUGCUCACCAUUAGCUUCCACACCACUCUCCAUCCAUUACUGGUACGGAGUUGAUAGAAAAAAGGGUCAGAUGAAGGCUCCCUCUUCCGCUCUGCUCCGCCCCCCCCCCCCCCCGCCUCCAUUUGCUCACGUCUCCGUACCCGGUGCAAGAGCAGUGUAAUUCUGAGCAGCACCUAUUUCAUUUUGUCACUACUAGUUGGACUCAAAAUCUUUGCAAUCUGCACUUUGUGUGCUAGAAGGUGGGAGGGCGUGGUACCGAAAUAGAUUGACGGCAUCCCUCGUUAACUUCUCUCUCCUCUCUUCCACUCCUCCCAUGUCCUUUUUUCCUUAAGUGGCGGUUAUGCGAUACACCUCUCUCUGCUACUCGGAUCCGAUUUCAUCUCAGCUCAUCCCACAUAGCUCAUCUCCUCUGGGCCGGAGGUUUCUCCUCCAGGAUCACAUUGUGUUAAUCCCACAUAAAGCUACGACAAAUAUUGUCAGAGAAACCGAGUGAACGAAUAAUACGAGACUGAAUCGCGUUAGACAUGUAGACAUGAUAUUUUGCCUUUUAAAGAUUCAGGAAGGUGGCUCACACAGGGAGAGGUUUUCACACAAAGCAGUCAAAAAGUUGAGCUAAUUUCUUUAAGUUAUGCCUGUGUAGUUGUGCUCGAGUUGUAAACAUUUGUACCCAAAGAUAGGCUUCCACAAUGCAAAGGGGAAAAAAGUAUCAAUUAACUAUAUAUAUCACAAUACUGGAUGUGUUUAGGCAUGAAAAAACCCCACCUCUAUCUCAUUGCAUGGGAAGUCGAGCUAUCCGCCUAAUGAAAAAAAAGCGAAACCACACACACACACACACACGCGAGAACAAAUCAGACUUUGGAUGGCUUUGUGCCAACAGCGAAAUUGGCCAGAAACAUGGCCGCAGCAACUCGCUACGUGUCGCUGCCCGUAGAGAAGCGUGUGACUCAACAGCCGCAAAAAUGAUCAGACAGCCUAAAUGUAGAUUAAAACACACACGGAGAGACCGGAUCUCGUGGGGGAUUAACUCCCGCUUUGUGAGUCUUGGUAUAUUUUUGGUUCCGCGAGAGACAUCGACGACUCCAGCGUCAGUGCGUAUUUAUAUUUCACCAAGCACACUCGGCACGAGGCAGUGACAGCAGGCAGCCGUCCACUCCGGGCCUCUGGCCUCCUCCUCCUCCUCCAUCCGCUCCGCCAUGGACCCAAAAAAACAAACAAAAAAAAAGCACACUCGCCGAAUGAGGUCGGAGAGAAAUGUCUCCCGCGAGGAGCAUCCUUGAAAGCGGGCGCAAUAGAUCCACAUGUUGACGAGGGAACACGCAGACGUGGAUGAUGGAGCGACAGCAUCCAGGCCGGAUUCAGCCAAGGCGUCGGGGUUUGUGUGCACCGGACGCACGUGCACGCACACACAGAUUUUGUAUCCACCUAAGGAAUGGAGUAUUUAAUAGAAGGAAGGUGACUGAGGAGAUAAAAGCAACAAGGACAUGUGUUUCUAUGUGACUGGGGAACUGGAUCCGGCAAAAAAGGAAAAGAAAUGAAGAAAAUGUGAGAAAAUUAUUUUUUACAGCUAUUUGUCAUUAUCUCAGACUCGUGGAUGAAAUUGUCUCCGUUGACGUCUCCUUCACAAAAAGAAGCACUGGAAUGCACUGGCCACGCGUGUGGCUACAUUUGGUUGUGUUGCUUUCACACAGUUUCCAUCACUGCUGUUAAUUUGUUUUGUAUGUUGUUUCUUUGUCCAUAUCGUCUGCAGCUUGGAUUUGCAUUCACGUGUAGUGAGCUCCCAUUUAAAAUGGGAUUGCUUUCACAUGUCUGAAAUUCAAUUUGUUAUUUGCUACUUUUAUAUCUUCUGCAUACUCGAGUAUACAUUAUUUCAGGUUGUUUAAGUAAUGUCUAAGAUUCAAAUGGUUUUAUAAGCUUGAAAAAUGUCUUUAUUUUCUUUGAUCUGCAGGCUUCUGGUUCUGAGUUGCGUAGGGUGAACCCAUGAACCCAGUUUAUUGUUUAUUUGUUUAAUUUAUUUCAUGCAGAGGCAUAUCUCAUUCAUGUGACGUCAAUACAUAUUUAACACUGUGUUUUAUUAUCUCGAAGUGUGUCCUCAGCCGCCUCAGGUGUGCCAAGAGAACUUUGUGCCCAUGAUGUCUUACACGAAUGCACUCAUGCGCGCUUGCAUGCUCAGCCAUUAUAACAGUUUAUAUUAGACUAGACAUUAAUCCAAUGCCCAUAGUAGCCCCUAGCAUACAGAGUCUUAACACACACACACACACACACACACACUGAAAGCAUGGAGCAUUCCUGUUACGUUGCCUUUGUGUCUGACAUUGCCAACUUUUCUGCUCAGGAUUUCAGUUUUGCGCUGCAUUCCUGUCAACACGAGCUGUCUUUUCACACAUGACAUCAAUCAUGCCAAAGCUAUAAAGAAAUGAAAAAACAAAUGCCUGAGCUUACACACAUGCACAUAGACAACAGCAGCUGGGACAAGUGGUCCAUACGUACGGUCAUAUGAUCUGUGCUGGAGGAGGGGAGGGGGGGGGGCUGCAGCAUCAAACAUUAAUACACAACGGGACAAAGAGGUGGCUUUACUAAGGAGCGAAAUAUAAAAGGGUGGCAAAACGCACAGGUGCAGCUUAAGUGAAUCCACCCUUAACGUGUCUUAAACAUUGUGGCACGUUUGGCUGAACUUUGCAGGCUGGGUUCCUGUCCACUAGGUGGCGACAAAGCGCUGCGGGUUGGAGGGUAAAGAAAGCUGUGGGCCACCCUCCUCUCUGAGUGUUUUCGGCAUGUCCCGCGUCUGCACACAGCCGGUCGGCGAUGUUUAAGAAGCGCCACCUACGACAUCACCGAUGGAGGCCUGGGCCGAGGCGCUGCGGACCCCCCGGCGAGCGGUGCGUUUCCAUGUGAUUGUGCAUCUAUCGUCACUGAUCAAGAUCAUUUCCCUUUGACUGUGACUGAAUGUUUUUGCAAAGCAAUAUUGCCCUUAUCCGUGCUUGGUGGCUGCACAUGUAGAUGUUGCUGAGCAGCUUUCUGAUCUUAUAACCACGAGCAACGGGAGCUUCCGACAUUAAAAUGGCAGCACUGUUAGACAAAGACUCAUUAUUCGGCUGUGUCGCCUUACAUGACACAAACCGCAAAUUGAUAAAGAAUAUGGCGGUUUGGUUUGUGAUCAACAUUUUGAAGGUAAAAAAAAAAAAAGACCACUCUAAAAUACACAUCUGUCCUAUUGUGCCCGCCAGCAGCUUCUUUGUCUUUAUUGAACACGUAGCUCUGCUCUUGUUUCCCACAUUUGUAUCAACAUCAUCACCUGACUAUCUUAUAAAAUGCUUAUAGCAAUUACGACCGAUGUAUUGUUGUCAAUACUGUUACUGUUUUCAUACCGAGUUUGUCAACACUGUAAAAAAAAAAAAAAACAUGUUUAGUGUUGGUUUGACGUGAAAUCACAUGGUUUCCUGCUGUUUUCCAGUUUGAGAUGCUCAGAAGCACUUGGUCUAAUGUGGAUACUGCGAUCUAUCAGGUAACCAAUACAAACACGGGGAUAUAUUGACUGUUCAACUCACAGCUACUGUAAUGCAUACCAAGUAAAAAAUGACCAAAGGCCGCAUUCAGGGUGUUCUCUUGACUUUAUAAAACUUCCAGUGCUGAGAAUUGCAUCAUCCUAUAUGACGAAUGCGUCAGUAGGAGCUCUUUUGAGUGGAAACCAAUCCAUUUGUGUCGGUAUGAUUUGCCCUUUCCGAUAUUCAGUGUCUGGGUCAGGACUGAUUGGAUGAUUGGGUGUCAAAUUAUUGGUUAGGGUUAGGUGGUAGGAAUGCAAUGAAUCAAUUAAAACCUUGCUUAAACAUGUUCUGUGUCAACCUUCUUGUUGAGUUAGACAAAUAGCGUUUUUGUUAAAAAGGUCAAACCCCUGAGGCCGAGGUCGCUCGGCUCCAGAGAUUAAUCCCCUCACGCUUCCGGAUGCUCAUUUUCUCUCCCCCGCUAAAUAUUUAAUGCCACUGGAUUACCUGUGAGCUGUUACCACGAUGUAGCUGUUAUGUACAUGCAGCCUCUACGGAGUUCAAACAACAACAAUGUGCACACGCAAACGCAGUGUUGUCUUACACUCGGCCACGUAUAACACCAGGAGCGGGGGGGCUUCCGUUCGAAGCAAAAUGUCUGCGCUAAUUCACGUGUAACUGGAAAAUGACACUGUCAAUAUCACACCAGAUUACAGCUGUUGUCACUGGCCCAUUUAAGACAGUGUAAUUAUUUCAUUUGACGCUGAAGCUAAUGGAGCUGGUGGCAAUAACGCUGUCAACUGAUGCGGUCCAGGUGAUGAUGGUGAGAAUGAAUUUACAUGGAAGACACAAAUAAAGUCAAUCUGCUUGGUAAACCAUG